AUGCCGACAGUGGCGGUAACGGGUGCUGGCGGCUUCAUCGGCUCCUGGAUCGUCCGCAUUCUCCUGGAUCGAGGCUACCAGGUUCGAGCCGCCGUGCGCGAUCCCCACGACGAGCUCAAGCUCGCGCAUCUCAAGCAGCUUCCGGGCGCUCCGGAUCGCCUCACCAUCGUCAAGCUCGAUCUCAGCAGCAGCAGCGCCAUCGAGGCCAGGGUCCAGGGCUGCGACGGGGUCUUCCACGUCGCCUGCGCCAUGGCGGCCAAGCUUACCCGCGAUCCCCACGCUGAGAUCGUCCAGCCCAUCGUCGAUGGCACCGUGAAUCUGAUGCGGGCUUGCUCCAGCGCGGGGGUGACGAGAGUGGUGCUCACUUCCACGAUUGGGACCAUGUACCUGGAUCCCUCCCGCGGCGAUAGCGCCCCGAUCGACGAGCAGUGCUGGAGCAGCCUCGAGUUUAUGGAAGAGACCGGCGAGUGGUACUGCCUGGGAAAGACGCUGGCGGAGAGUGCUGCUUGGCAGAUCUCCAUGAAGAGUGAGCUGGACUUGGUGGUGAUAAAUCCAAGUGUUACUCUCGGCCCGGUGUUGCAGCCAUGGCAAAACGCGAGCAGCUCUCACAUCCUUCGUUUGAUCAACACGAAGUUUGAGCGAUACUUGAACCGAUCCCAGGCCUACGUCGAUGUAAGGGACGUUGCUCUGGCUCAUGUUGAGGCUUUCGAGAGGCAGGGAGCUCGCGGACGAUACUUGUGUGCCGAGAGCUCGCUCCACAGGGCGGAGCUGAUCGAUGUGCUGCGGGAGGUUGUGCCGCCAGAGGUGGCGGCGCGGUUGCCGUCCAAGAUGGUCACUGGCGGCGAGAGGGCGGCGCGUUUUGUCAUCUCCACUGAGAAGAUCCGCCGAGAGCUUGGGUUGAAGUUCCGGCCGCUCAAGGAGUGCUUGAAAGACUCUGUGGAGAGUUAUAGAGACAAAGGCUUGCUGGUGUUCCCUCGAGCAUCGCCAGCUCUGGCUUAA